AUGGCUUCUUCAGCAGCCCAACAGUCCGAAUACGUGACCUUAGUGUCAGGGGAUGGAUUCGAAUUUGUCAUUCCCAGAGGUACAGCGUGUGUUUCGGGUACGAUACGACGCAUGCUUGAGCCGUCGAGUAAAUUCUCCGAAGCCUUGACGGGUCGUUGCGUACUGGAAAAUAUCAGUGGGAUUGUCCUAGAGAAAGUGUGCGAAUAUUUCUUCUACAAUCUAAAGAAUAAGGAUCAGAGCAAUGUGCCAGAUAUGGAUAUCCCACCAGAGCUGUGCUUGGAGUUGUUGAUGGCGGCUGAUUAUCUGGAUACGUAA